GCUCCUUCUCCAUACAAAACCCUCACCCUCCCCUCCCACGUAUUGCCGCGUCCCCGCCUGAGGGAGAUUUAAAAAAUAACUGAAACCGACGCCUGCCCAGCCUUCUGAGAUGUCCUUGAGCCAGUCCUUGAGAUUACCUUGUUAUAUGGUUUGGAAAAUCAGCUGAGUUGAAAAAGGUCACUUGAAAGUGUUGUGAUUUGAAACAAUGGAUGAGCAAUCUCAAGGCAUGCCAGGCCCUCCUGUUCCUCAAUUUCAGCCACAGAAAGCCUUACGACCCGACAUGGGCUACAAUACUUUAGCAAACUUCCGAAUAGAAAAGAAGAUUGGCCGUGGACAGUUUAGUGAAGUUUACAGAGCCACAUGUUUGUUGGACGGUGUGCCAGUAGCUUUAAAAAAAGUGCAGAUAUUUGAUUUAAUGGAUGCCAAAGCCCGUGCUGAUUGCAUCAAAGAAAUAGAUCUUCUUAAGCAAUUGAAUCAUCCAAAUGUAAUCAAAUACUAUGCAUCAUUUAUUGAAGACAAUGAACUAAAUAUUGUACUGGAAUUAGCAGAUGCUGGAGACCUAUCUAGAAUGAUCAAGCAUUUCAAGAAGCAGAAGAGACUGAUUCCUGAAAGGACAGUUUGGAAGUACUUUGUUCAGCUCUGCAGUGCCUUGGAGCACAUGCAUUCACGGCGCGUCAUGCAUCGAGAUAUCAAGCCAGCAAAUGUAUUCAUUACAGCUACAGGAGUAGUAAAACUUGGUGAUCUUGGAUUGGGAAGGUUUUUCAGCUCUAAAACCACGGCUGCUCAUUCUUUAGUGGGAACACCUUAUUACAUGUCUCCAGAGAGAAUCCAUGAAAAUGGGUACAACUUCAAAUCAGACAUUUGGUCUCUAGGAUGUCUCUUGUAUGAGAUGGCUGCACUGCAGAGUCCAUUCUAUGGUGACAAAAUGAACCUGUAUUCCUUAUGUAAAAAGAUUGAACAAUGUGACUAUCCACCUCUUCCAUCAGAUCACUACUCAGAAGAGCUGCGACAAUUAGUUAAUAUGUGCAUCAACCCAGAUCCAGAGAAGCGACCGGACAUCACCUAUGUUUAUGAUGUAGCAAAACGUAUGCAUGCACAUACCGCCACCAGCUAAGAGACUUGGCAGCUUAUGAAGAGAAAGGAAAAAACAACAAACCCACCGGAAUCAUUCAAGUAUUGUUGUGCAAAACCUCUUCCACCUUUUCUCCCAUUUGUCUGCGUCACCUAAAGUUUAGUUACAUGCAAUGAGAAUGUUUAGCAGUUUUGUCACAGAGUUAAUAACCUAAAAUGAAGUAAUUUUUUUUUAUAAAAAUGUUUUAAUGGAAAACAUGGAACAGUUCUAAACAUGACAGAAUAAGAAAAUCGGCAAUCCUUUCUGACUUCUGAAAGCUGCAAUUUCACACAUACUUCUACAUAAAGAGCAAUGAUUUUACAUGAGAAUAAUAUUUUGCUCUACGUAUCAGUUGCGGUUUUGCAUAUGAGCACAACAGUGGACUCCUUAAAGGAAUACUGUUGAAACUGCUCCUCUGUUGUUUUCAGUAAUGUGUGGAAGUGAUGAAUCAGCACAAAUUGGUGAAUUUAUUGUUCAUUAGUGAAUAUAUUGUUCCUUUUCCCUAGAGGCAAUUAAUUAAUUAAUAGGAUUUUAUUUUAUUUUUUAAAAAAGGAAUUUUCCCGUUUACGGUUUUCCUCAUCAAGCUAAAUGUAGAUGGAAACCAUUUUAUUUGCUGUUGAGCUUUGAUGCAGCUGCUGAAUGUGAAAAAGAAUUGGUUUUAUUUUUCCUCAGAAAUUGUCCAACACUGAAAAAAGAAUAAAUCUGGUCAGCUGUUGUUGUUUUUAAAAUCCUUGUACAGUACCUUAACCCCUGCUCCUAAAACUUGAUAUCAUGUAUUUGUAUUAUGCUGUGCCUUGCUGCUCCAAGCCUCUGGGCGAACAGAAAAGAGUGGUGUAUUUGUACAGGGCCUGGGAUUCUGAAAGCAUCACUGCCACAAUCUGUAGGUCUCAAGAUGGCGCUCCACAAAGUUAAGCAUUUCCAAAUCCCUUUUCAUUCAGUGGUCGAUUCCUAAGCACGUCAUAUCAGUGACAAAGUGCCUAAUCUGGGCUGAAUUUAUCCAGAUAAUCUUUCAUGCUAUAUAUUGACUUAGUUUUAAGGGCUAGUUCAGCUUUUCCCAGGCUAGUGCCCGCUUAAUGUUUUGGGGGACAAGUCCCAUCAGCCAACAAGGUAAUCCAGGCUGAGACAGAUGAAAGGUGUAGUCCAAAAUAUGCAGAUAUUGCCAGACUGGGGAAGGCUGGGCUAGUUUACACCCAGCAACAUUCAGUAUAAGGUACACAUUAUAUAAAAUGGCCAAAUGCUUGGAAUGUCCUAAGUAUGGCAUCUUCUCAUUGCGCUGAUGCUCCCAGCGUGAAUCAGAGGACUCUUUUCUUUUCCUUUUUACACCACUGCAAACCAGCAACAGGAAUGGGUUUUGGCUGCCUAGAGUCGAAGCUUCAAAGGAUAUAGGCAAUCUUUGUGGCAGCCAGUCAUUGAUAUGAAUUGUCCGUUACAAUGCAGACAUCUGCUUCCUAAAUAAUUUAUGUGUCUUAGAAGGGUAUUUUGUUCCCCGAAAACGUUCACUUGAGAUUUUAAAAAGAGAGUUUUCUUCUUUUCUUUCUUUCUUUCUUUUUUUGCAUUAGCUUAUAUUCCAAAGCGAAAUUCAUAAUUAAUUGAAUAAACAUUCAAGGCCCUGAACGGGGUAUUUGUUGUGGAGCAUGGAAGUAUUAUGUUGUAGCUACAAGUGUUGUUUUACAUAGUCCUUUAAAAUCCUGACCGGACAGCCUGCAAAUCUAUGACGUGUCAAAGUAGGUUGUUACAGGAGUUGACAGGUAGAAUUUUAAUCCCACUGUGACACAUUUAUCUCUGAGAACAAACAAGAAGCCAUACAGUAUUUUUUUCUGCACAUUAAACCAACAAAUUUUACUAAUUCACCAUGCAGCCAUGUGCAGUUAGGCUCAUCAGCGGAAAACUAUGUAUAAUAAAGAAAAAUGUAAGUGCAACCUGCACUCCUCAGGAGGCAAUGCCUAACAGUGAAGCCAGGCAUGGUAUUUUGGAGAAUCUGAUAUGUGGCAGUCGCCUGACACGGAGCAGAGCCAAAGGCAGGUUUGGCUUUGGUAAUCAAAACUGCUGCCUUCCACCACUGGGCAAGAUGCAUCUGUGGGGAGACGUGGGUGCAGUGAGUAAGUGGCAACAGCAGCAAGCAGCCACGCCACGCCACGGCAUGGCCAGAUCUCCCUACUCCUGACCACGAAGCAAAACGGAAAGCUUUACUAACUCCCUUCAUGGGUUCCUGUGCACAGUUGGUGGGGUGCAUUUGGCUUGGUGGACACCAUUUAGGCAGGCCUAAUCCAGAGCUUUUUUAAUUGUUCGUGUCAUGCCACUUGAAUGUCCACAGCAAUAGUGGGAUCCACUGUGCACCCAGUCUCCUAGAUCGGGGUCCUAGCACAACAUGGGUUUGCAUGGAGCCAUGAUUGAGCAAGUUGAAAUCCUGCUGCCUUAGCCUACAAAAUUCAGAAGGUGAAUGCAAUAUGAACACUUCCGUUAGGAUGAUCUGUAAUACUUUUCUUUUUUCACCCUGAAUGAGGCUAAAAAUAGGUUUGCUAAAAAGAGCAUAGGACAACCUCUUGAUCCUCGUUGCCAAUUGCUACUAUGCAAAAGUAUUCCAGCCUUUCAUUAAGUCUGUUUCACCCCAUCUCCCUCCACCUACUUUUAGGUCAUUUUACAGGUCCGAUGGAGAAAGACUGCUAUGUUUAACAUAGUAAUAUGAUUUUCAUCAGGUGUUUUGCAUGUUUAGUCGGAUGUCGCACUGAAUUCUGUAGGUCUUACUCCCAAGUAAGUGGCACAAAUUGCAGCUUUGUAAAUUUCACAUGUGUACCUUUAUUACAAAAUGCAUGCUUUUGGGAAGCCAAAACCUGCUUCUAGAAGAAAAUAGUGUUGGCGAUAAUUAUGAAGCUUGCUAAGCUAAUAUGCCUACAGAAUAAAGGUGUUUAAAAAAUAAUAACAAUAAAAGAAAUACUUCCAGUGUUGAUAAUGUAAGAUGCAUUCUGUCGAAGGACCAAUUAAGUUGAUUUCAGAAGCCAGCAAAAAGAACGUUUCUGAUGAGAUGCUUGGUAAGCUUACGUCAUAUUAAGAAGGUCAGGUUGGGCACCGAUGCCAUUCAGGCACUCUACAAUGGCAAAACGAUUUGCUACGCCGCACAAAUUCAAUGUAAUGAAGAUAGCUCUGCCAAUAGAUCGCUUGAGCAGCCUGUUCAUAAUCUCUUCUGCUUGCCAGGGCUUCUAGGACUUGGAAGCAACCAAAGGGUAAAUAUGAGAAUCCCACUUAACAAGUUGCAGUAAAAGCUAGGGAAGAAAAAGACCUAUUCAUAAGUCCCUAGAAGUGGCAUGCCUUCUCUUGCACUGUUCUGGUAACACUGGAAGGAUGACAUUAUAUAUUUCAGGUUGGCAAGGUGGAAACUUCCCAUGUUGGUAUCGCCAGCCACAAGCAGAAGCAUGUCUUCCUUUAAAUGCUACUGGAGCAGUCAAAACUGAUGAACAAGCUACAGUUCACACUUUGGUUUUCCCUCCAUCUGUGCAAUAUCUCAUCUUGCUCUCAUUAGCUCCCUUCAUAGUUGAUAGUGGAAAGGAGAUGAAGUUAUGUGACUUCGCUUCUACAAAACCUGGUGCUUGUUAAUGUGUGUAGAAGAUAGUGGCAGGGCGGAUGGAUGGCUUGGCAGUCUGCCGAAUCAUCUUACCCUGUUUGCCUGGUUCCUUGCCAGGUAUCAGAAAGUGGAAGGGUUGAGGAAAAGAGUCGAAAGAAAGCUAGCCGCAGACAGUAUAGGUUCAGGUGCAGCAGAGGUGGAAUUAUUUUCACUGGAACUUCAUUCUAUCCAAGCUCAAUUCUAAUCAAAGGCCAGUCUACGCUUCCUGAUAAGAGUAAAAUAGAACUUACUCGGUGUCACCUAGGGCUAAUCUUUCUGACAGUGUAUACUUAUAUAUAACGAGUUAAUAAAUGCCUUAACUUUAUUUUCAGCACUCAUGGAAAAUAGACAUUUGUGUAGAUGACUCUUUUGAAAUGAAUGUAUUAAUCAAUAACCAAAACAUGUAUAAUUUUCUGCUGCCUUAUACUCAGUUGUACUGUAAUAUUCCAAAUAAUAUUUGUUGUGCUUUCUGCACCCACUCUCUGCACAAGGAAUUGUACUCUUUGUUUGGAAAUCUAUGUUGUACAAUAUCUUAAUAUAAAACGGCUACACAAAUAAAAUUGGAAAGUGAAACAA